GACUCAACUCUGUUGACUUUAUAAGGAAGAAGAUCAGGCCUUCAGGGUCCUAAAGCGCCUGUGCUCUUCAGCCGGCUUCCUGCAAACAGUUCUGUGAAACAGACCAGAGAGUGAAAGAAAGAUGGCAGGGGAUUCAAUCCUGUUGGCUGCAGUCUCCCUUCUCUCUGCCUGUCAGCAAACUUAUUUCGCUUUGCGCGUUGCACUAGGAAGAUUAAAAUACAACAUUGCGGCCCCAGCAGUCACAGGGUCCCCGGAGUUUGAGAGACUAUUUCGUGCGCACCAAAAUUCUUUGGAGUUUUAUUCCAUAUUCAUCGUAACGCUGUGGAUGGCUGGAUGGUAUUUCAGUGAAGUUUAUGCAGCCUGUCUGGGUCUCCUCUACAUGUAUGCCCGCCACAAGUUUUUCUGGGGCUACGCAGAAGCCGCUAAAAGAAGGAUUAUUGGUUUCCGGCUGAGCCUGGGGAUUUUGGUCUUGUUGACUGUCCUAGCUGUCCUGGGGGUGGCAAGCAGAUUCCUGGAUGAGUACUUGGACCUUCAUGUUGGCAAGAAACUGAGACAACCCUUCUAAGGUUUUCUCUUCUCUUUCACGCUUGUAGAAACAAGGUGACGUCACGUGUUAAAUAAAUAAAACUUUUACAACUUUU